CCCCCAUCGCCGCCCCCGCCCGACCCCCUCCCGCGCCGCUGUCCCCCGCUGCCCUCCGCUGCCCGCUCCCUCUGUGCCUGUCCCCUACUGUCUCCUCGACCCGACUGCCGGGACUCAGGGCUUUGCGUCUGCCCCGCGCGCCGAGCGCGCCCGCCGGGGUCGCGUGGCCCCGGAUGCGCGGGUCCCGCGGGACUACCGGCGGCCUGGCCCCUGCGAUGCACGGGCCGGGCUCGGUGGGGCUGCUGGCGCUACUGCUGCUGCUGCUGGGCCGGGGCGGCGGGGCGGCUGGGGGCCCGGCCAGCGAGAGGGGCGCCGGCGGGGGCGGGGCGCUAGCCCGCGAGCGCUUCAAAGUGGUCUUUGCGCCAGUGAUCUGCAAGCGGACCUGUCUCAAGGGCCAGUGUCGGGACAGUUGUCAGCAGGGCUCCAACAUGACGCUCAUCGGAGAGAACGGCCACAGCACCGACACGCUCACGGGCUCCGGCUUCCGCGUGGUGGUGUGCCCUCUCCCCUGCAUGAACGGUGGCCAGUGCUCCUCUCGAAACCAGUGCCUGUGUCCCCCAGACUUCACGGGUCGCUUCUGCCAAGUGCCCGCAGGCGGGGCUGGUGGGGGUGCCGGAGGCUCAGGCCCAGGACUGGGCCGCGCCGGGGCCCUCUCCACUGGCGCACUGCCGCCCCUGGCCCCGGAGGGCGACUCUGUGGCCAGCAAGCACGCCAUCUACGCCGUCCAGGUGAUCGCUGACCCUCCCGGGCCCGGGGAGGGGCCCCCUGCCCAGCACGCAGCUUUCCUAGUGCCUCUCGGUCCAGGCCAGAUCUCAGCAGAAGUGCAGGCCCCGCCCCCCGUGGUAAACGUGCGCGUGCACCACCCGCCCGAGGCCUCGGUUCAGGUGCACCGCAUUGAGGGGCUGAACUCCGAAGGCCCGGCCCCCGCCCAGCACCUGCUGCCUCACCCCAAACCCUUGCACCCCCGGCCACAUACCCAGAAGCCCCUGGGCCGCUGCUUCCAGGACACGCUGCCCAAGCAGCUCUGUGGCAGCAAUCCCCUCCCAGGCCUGACCAAGCAGGAGGACUGCUGUGGCAGCAUCGGUACCGCCUGGGGCCAGAGCAAGUGCCACAAGUGCCCCCAACUGCAGUACACCGGGGUGCAGAAACCUGGGCCUUUGAGAGGGGACGUGGGAGCUGACUGCCCCCAGGGCUACAAGAGACUCAACAGCACCCACUGCCAGGACAUCAACGAGUGUGCAAUGGCUGGCAUGUGUCGCCAUGGGGACUGCCUCAACAACCCUGGUUCCUAUCGCUGUGUCUGCCCACCUGGUCAUAGCUUGGGUCCCUCCCGCACACAGUGUAUUGCGGACAAGCCGGAAGAGAAGAGCCUGUGUUUUCGCCUGGUGAGCCCCGAGCACCAGUGUCAGCACCCGCUGACAACGCGCCUCACCCGCCAGCUCUGUUGCUGCAGCGUUGGCAAGGCUUGGGGCACACGAUGCCAACGAUGCCCUGCUGAUGGCACUGCUGCCUUCAAGGAGAUCUGCCCUGCUGGGAAGGGAUACCACAUUCUCACCUCCCACCAGACACUCACCAUUCAGGGAGAGAGUGAUUUUUCCCUCUUCCUGCACCCUGAUGGCCCACCCAAGCAGCUUCCUGAGAGCCCCAGCCGGGCCCCACCACCUGAGAACACUGAAGAAGACAGAGGGGUGACCACGGAUUCACCAGUGAGCGAGGAGCAAUCGGCACAGCAGAGCCACCAGACAGCCACCACGGCCCCUGCCAGGCCCUACCCUGAGCUGAUCUCCCGGCCCUCGCCGCCCACCGUGCGUUUAUUCUUGCCGGAUUUGCCCACUUCCCGCAGCGCUGUGGAGAUCGCCCCAACGCAGGUCACAGAGACUGACGAGUGCCGCCUGAACCAAAACAUCUGUGGCCAUGGCGAGUGCGUCCCCGGUCCCUCCGACUACUCUUGCCACUGCAAUCCAGGUUACCGGUCGCACCCGCAGCACCGCUACUGCGUGGACGUGAACGAGUGCGAGGCCGAACCGUGCGGCGCGGGACGGGGCAACUGCAUGAACACCGGAGGUUCCUACAACUGCCAUUGCAAUCGCGGAUACCGCCUGCACGUCGGAGCCGGGGGGCGCUCGUGCGUGGACCUGAACGAGUGCGCUAAGCCCCACCUGUGCGGAGACGGCGGCUUCUGCCUGAAUUUCCCCGGGCACUACAAGUGCAACUGCUACCCCGGCUACCGGCUCAAGGCCUCCCGAACGCCCAUAUGCGAAGACAUCGACGAGUGCAGGGACCCCAGCUCCUGCCCGGAUGGCAAAUGCGAGAACAAACCCGGGAGCUUUAAGUGCAUAGCCUGUCAGCCUGGAUACCGGAGCCAGGGGGGCGGGGCCUGUCGCGACGUGAACGAGUGUGCAGAGCGCAACCCCUGCGCCCCGGGCUGGUGUGAGAACCUUCCGGGCUCCUUCCGCUGCACGUGCGCCCAGGGCUACACACCCGCUCCCGAUGACCGCAGCUGUCUGGACGUGGAUGAGUGUGAGGCUGGGGAUGUGUGUGACAAUGGUAUCUGCGUCAACACACCAGGUUCCUUCCAGUGUCACUGUCUUUCCGGCUACCACCUGUCACGGGACCAGAGCCGCUGUGUGGACAAUGAUGAGUGUGACUUCCCCGCAACCUGUAUUGGGGGUGACUGUAUCAACACCAAUGGUUCCUACAGAUGUCUCUGCCCCCAGGGGCACCGGCUGGUGGGAGGCAGGAAGUGCCAAGACAUAGAUGAGUGCAGCCAAGAGCCGGGCCUCUGCCUUCCGCAUGGAGCCUGCGAGAACCUGCAGGGCUCCUACGUGUGUGUCUGUGAUGAGGGCUUCACGCCUACCCAGGACCAGCACGGCUGUGAGGAGGUGGAGCAACCCCACCACAAGAAGGAGUGCUACCUUAACUUCGAUGACACGGUGUUCUGCGACAGCGUACUGGCCACCAAUGUCACCCAGCAAGAGUGUUGCUGCUCCCUGGGGGCCGGCUGGGGCGACCACUGUGAGAUCUACCCCUGUCCAGUCUACAGCUCAGCUGAGUUCCAUAGCCUCUGUCCCGACGGGAAGGGCUACACCCAGGAUAACAACAUUAUUAAUUAUGGCAUCCCCGCCCACCGAGACAUAGAUGAAUGCAUGCUGUUUGGAGCAGAGAUCUGCAAGGAGGGCAAGUGCGUUAACACGCAGCCGGGCUAUGAGUGCUACUGUAAACAGGGCUUCUACUACGACGGGAAUUUGCUGGAGUGUGUGGACGUGGAUGAAUGCCUGGACGAGUCUAACUGCCGGAACGGAGUGUGCGAGAACACGCGCGGUGGCUAUCGCUGCGCCUGCACGCCUCCAGCCGAGUACAGCCCAGCACAGAGGCAGUGCCUGAGCCCAGAGGAGAUGGACGUGGAUGAGUGUCAGGAUCCAGCAGCCUGUCGCCCUGGGCGCUGUGUUAACCUGCCAGGCUCCUACCGCUGCGAGUGCCGCCCGCCCUGGAUACCCGGGCCCUCUGGCCGCGACUGCCAGCUCCCUGAGAGUGCCGCAGAGCGUGCUCCAGAGAGACGUGAUGUGUGCUGGGCCCAGCGUGGAGAGGAUGGCAUGUGCUCGGGACCCUUGGCCGGACCUGCCCUCUCCUUUGACGAUUGCUGCUGCCGCCAGGGCCGUGGCUGGGGAGCUCAGUGCCGUCCGUGCCCACCACGGGGCACUGGGUCCCAGUGCCCAACAUCUCAGAGUGAGAGCAAUUCCUUCUGGGAUGCCAGUCCCCUGCUGCUGGGGAAGGCUCCACCAGACGAGGAUAGCUCGGAGGAAGAUUCAGACGAGUGCCGCUGUGUGAGCGGCCGCUGCGUGCCACGGCCUGGUGGCGCAGUGUGUGAGUGCCCAGGCGGCUUCCAGCUUGACUCCUCCCGUGCCCGCUGCGUUGACAUCGACGAGUGCCGAGAGCUGAACCAGCGCGGCCUUCUGUGCAAGAGCGAGCGCUGCGUGAACACCAGUGGGUCCUUCCGCUGUGUCUGCAAAGCCGGCUUCGUCCGCAGUCGUCCCCAUGGGACCUGCGUUCCCCAGCGCCGCCGCUGA